AUGAGCAUCAACAAAUCGGCGACAUACCGGUCUGUUUCGCUGUCAUACGUAUUUUGGCGUGUAACUGUGCGCAAACCACGUGUAUGGUUACGGCUCAACUGUCCCCAAACGAGUGGUAGUUUUGUGCCCAAACAAGUUGUCUUUUUGGUAUUUGUGCGCAAACCAGUACCGCCCGGUAAAGAGCAUAAGAUGUGUGCCGCUAAAGAUUCAAAUAGAAUCAUGGUUUUCAGACCAACUUGGACAGAAUUCCAAAAUUUCAGUAACUAUGUUGAGGUGAUGGAGAAAAAAGGUGCUCACAGGGCUGGAUUGGCGAAAGUCAUCCCACCACCCGAAUGGAUAGCAAGAAAGAAGGGUUAUGAUGCAGAUGAUGUUAUGAAUUUGAAAAUUCCAGCUCCAAUCAGUCAAGUUGCACUAGGUAAACAAGGACUUUUUCAACUACUUCAUAAAGAAAAGAAACCUAUGACCGUAUCCGAUUAUAAAAUAAUAGCAGAAUCUGAUGAAUUUAAGACACCUGACCAUUUGGAUUAUGACCAGCUCGAAAGAAAGUUUUGGCAAAACAUUGUGUACAACCCCCCAUUGUAUGGUGCAGAUGUAUCUGGCUCUAUUACGGACAAAGAUGUUGAUGUUUGGAAUAUUAACAAAUUGGGCACGAUAUUAGAUUAUGUAAAUGAAGAUUAUGGUAAUAUAAUUGAAGGUGUAAAUACAGCAUACUUAUAUUUCGGUAUGUGGAAGUCCUUGUUUGCUUGGCACACGGAAGACAUGGACUUGUAUAGUAUUAACUAUUUACAUGAAGGAUAUCCAAAAAUAUGGUAUUCAAUACCUCCAGAAAAUGGCCACGCCUUUGAAAGAUUGGCUAAUCGUUUUUUUCCAACUGAAGCGGAAAAAUGCCCUGCUUUUCUCAGACAUAAAGCGACUAUGAUAUCUCCUAAUAUUUUGAAACAAAAUGCUAUACCCUAUAAUAAAAUCACACAGGAGAAAGGUGAGUUCGUGAUAACGUUCCCCUUUGGAUAUCAUAGUGGCUUCAAUGUUGGCUUCAAUAUUGCUGAAGCUAUAAAUUUUGCAUCUCCACGUUGGGUGGAGUAUGGCAAAAAAGCUUCAUUGUGUCAUUGCCGUAAAGAUUCAGUGAAGAUUUGUAUGGAUACAUUUAUUAAACGUAUAUAA